AUGAGCCACGCCUACUUUGCAUCAAGUAUAAGAAGCGCUAAAAACACCAAAAUAGCCUGCAACUUCUUUUCUCGAUAACUGAACGAUGGCCAACAAUAUACUAAACAAUCUAACUGAUGACAGCAUUGCCUGCGCGACAGAAGAUGACGACGAUCAGCAGAAAACUACAGGCAUCCCGUUGUCCAGGAAACUGUGCUAUGCCGUUGGAGGAAUGCCUUAUCAAAUGACUGCAACCGCCAAGGGCUUUUUCAUGCAGAUCUUUUUACUGGACGUUGUGAAGAUGGAAGCUUUCUCUGCAUCCAUCAUCCUCUUCCUCGGUCGAGCUUGGGAUGGCAUUACGGAUCCUCUGAUUGGAUAUGCUGUGAGCAACAGUGGACGGACCAGAAUUGGCAAACUUAUUCCUUGGAUUGUUUUCACAAUGCCACUUGGGGUCCUAUCGUAUGUCAUGCUCUGGUAUACCCCACAGGACACCAUGUCCUCUGCCUUCAGUUUCAGCUGGUACUUCAUAUGGUGCUGUCUGUUUGACACCUUCAUGAGUUGCUACCAUGUGCCGUAUUCUUCCCUAAACAUGUUUCUGGGGGGGAAUGAGAAGGAUCGAGACUCAGCCACUGGUUACAGGAUGGGCAUGGAAAUGUUCGCUACACUGGCGGGCGCCGCCAUUCAGGGUCAGAUAGUGGGAUCGCACCAUGCCAAAAAAACCCGCGACUGCAGCUUACAGAAUGAAACGGUUGAGUUUUCUGGGAACCACACAGAUGAAAUAUCUGUCACUCUACAAAACACAAGAACAGCCUAUUUGACUGGUGCACUGAUAUUAGGAAUGCUGUACUUCCUGUGCUGCCUCGUGCUUUUUCUUGGAGUAAAGGAACAGUUGGCCCCUCUGAGUAAACUGGACCGCAUAAAUAUCUCCUAUCUUACUGGUAUAAAGCUGAUGUUGGGACACACUCCAUAUGUGCGGCUUGUAUGUGGCUUCCUCUUUGCUUCAAUAGCAUUCCAGAUGGCUCAGGGAAAUUUCGCCCUCUUCUGUACUCAUGCAGCGAAUAUGGGAGAAUAUUUCCAGCAUCUUGUUCUCUUAUUAUUGACAGCAGCCACAAUAUCCAUCCCAGUGUGGCAGAUGUUAUUGGUCAAAAUAGGCAAGAAGGCCACUAUAUUCAUCGGCCUUUCAAUGGAUAUCCCAGCUCUAAUUGUGAUAUCUCUAGUGAAAAGUAAUUUACCCGUCUUCAUUAUUAUGUCUGUGUUAUCUGGCACAAGUCUGGCAGCCCUCUUUUUACUCCCUUGGUCAAUGUUGCCAGAUGUAGUGGAUGACUUCAAAGUCAAGAACCCAUCUUGCCAGGAUCUAGAACCACUAUUUUACUCCUGCUAUGUUUUCUUCAACAAAUUUGGUGGAGGCAUGUCUGUUGGAAUCUCUACUUUGGUACUACACUUCGUAGGAUACAAGCCUGGUGCUUGUAAACAUAAUCCAGCGGUCAUACGCUCGCUGCGGCUGCUCUUCGCUCCAGUGCCCAUCUGCCUGUUGGUCAUCAGCUUGGUGAUUUUUUACUUCUAUCCCAUCAAUGAAAAGCGACGGCAGGAAAUCCAGAAAGCUUUAAGGAAAGCAGGGACAGAGACCAGCAUGAAAGGAGAAGAAGAACUGAGCCUAUGAAGUAAUCACUCAGUAUUUACAUAAGGAGUUCACUACUUUUGUAACAUUUAUGGGUUGUGGAACUUUUAAUAAUGAACAUGUUUUGUUUUCCAUCUCAGUGGAAAGGCUUUUGAUUGUGCAUGGUGAAUGUUUCUCAAUCCUGUUCUGGAGGGACCCCAACACCAUUUAGGAAUCUCACAAAUCUUACACACUCAAGAUAGAUAAAGGAGACAUUCAAAGCCUGUAGUGCUACGCGGCUUGAAGACCAGUUGCGUAAACACAGUCACUGUUAAGACUGUGUCUUAAGAACUAGUCUUGCCAACUAGUCAAGGGGUAACCAGUCUUUCUUUUUGAAUUCAAAUCUACUUUUUAUGUAACUGACAUUAAAAAAGCUAUAGCCAGUGUUAAAGUAAAAAAUUACAUGAUUAACUUGUAAGACUAUUCUAAGCAGUUUAUGCAACCGGCCACAGGAUUGAGAAACAUUAGUCGACUUAAAGGUGCAGUGUGCAAUUUCUGCACCAUAUCCAGACAGAGUCUCACCUCAAACUCAUACCGCUGAUUAAACCAUAGUUUCUGCAAAGAGUUCAGAAAAUUCAGACAAAUAAUGGCUUACUAAUAACUGUCUAUUCCUAUUAAGCUGAGUAUUAUUACAUUGAAAAGAUAGACACAGCUAGUCAUGUAUGAAUGGACUUAUAUCAACAUUUUUGCUCAGAAAAAGUAAUGAUGAUAUUGAUAUAAAAGUGUAUAAAUAAACAGCCAUGUGCAAAUAUGUGCAUGUGCAAGGUCAUCUUUUGCAGUACAGAAAACAGCACAGCGCCCUCUUGCGGCCAAUAGUUAUUAAGGCCAAAUGUCUUUAGGCCUUAAAGUCACCACAAAAUCAAAGUUGACAAUUCUUGUUUUUUUUUAAAAAAAUGUUAUGGUAUAUAGCAUACCUGUCAGCAUCACUGGUAGAAAUUGGAGGAGAAGACUCAAACCCAAAACAAAAUAUACAUGUAAAUUUAACAACAGCUGGAUGGAAGAAUUUAAUUUCAUAUCUCAAAGAUGGGCACGGUGGGAAAAAUUACGUUACUCAGCACAUUAAAUCACAACGGCACUAUCACGCAGGAUAUAGGCACAAAAGGGCACACCUGCCAUUUCGACCUUCAAUGUAAUGUACAAUGUUAAAUACAUGAAAUACAUGUGUUUUGUUACAUGUUCCACAGUUACAUGCACCAGUGUUUCUAUUUAUGUAAUAAAAUGUGUAAUAAUAGUAAAAAUAAAUAUAAAGAAACAUGUAUAAGUCACGUUAUUAUCAUGAUCAUAAUAACCCCCACUCUCCCGGAGGUCUCCUGGAUUUUGGUACUCAAAUGUUGACAGGUAUGGUAUAUAGCAGUAUUUAAUUUAGUUGAUUUAUCCGUGCACAUUAUUAUUUUUGGAUGCCCUUGUAAUGUUCAAUUAAAAUUCAAUUAAAAUAAUUUCCCCUCCCUCUUGAAAA